AUGUCUAAGGCAAGCGGCCCAGAUGGCAUUCCAGCAAGAAUUCUAAAGGAAUGUAGCCACCAAAUCGCACCUAGCAUUUGUGACCUGCUCAAUCAUUCGCUACGCACUGGGCGCCUUCCCUCCGAAUGGAAAUCAGCUGAUGUUACACCCAUUCACAAGAAAGACCUUAAAGAACCCGUUGAAAAUUACAGACCGAUUUCCCUCCUGCCUAUCAUCAGCAAAGUUUUGGAACGUUGUGUUUCCAGGAGAUUCUACGAUCACAUCAUUCACCUCAUCACACCAUCACAACAUGGUUUUCUUAGAAACCGUUCGUGUAUCACUCAGCUUGUCCAAGUUCUUCACUCUGUUGGUCAGUGUCUUGACAAAAACCUUCAGUCUGAUAUAAUUUACCUUGAUUUUGCCAAAGCUUUUGAUUCUGUAGAUCAUCAAAUACUUCUAAGAAAACUCAAGUCAUAUGGCGUUACAGGGCGUCUUCUCGACUGGUUUCGUAAUUAUUUAAGCGGACGUACCCAAAGAGUUGUUGUCGAAGGUGUCCCAUCAAGCUGGGUUCCUGUUAUCUCUGGCGUGCCACAAGGAAGUAUCCUGGGUCCGAUACUUUUUGCUGUCUUCAUAAACGAUCUUCCGGAAGUAAUAUCCAAUGGCUCUCCGGAAGCUAUGUAUGCUGAUGAUACAAAAUUGUUUAGAAACAUCAACUCUACAACUGACGGUGAUUGUCUACAAGAAUCUUUAUCCAACCUCGAUAAGUGGAGCCAUGAUAAUAACAUCAAGUUCAACGCAUUAAAAUGUAAGGUUUUGAGCGUGACUCGAAAGAAAUAUCCCGUGACUUACAACUAUCAUCUGGGUUCAUCUUCGUUGCUUCGUGUCCGGAAAUAA